AUGAAGAUGAUUUACGUUCCACUAGUGUUCCUCAUGUUCCUCACAUCAGACUUGUAUGGCCGCAGAAAAUGCCCAGACGACUCACAAGCUGUCUGUUUUUCGCGCAACGACUUCACGGAAAACAAGAUCUUGAUUCCAGUCGAGUUCCCAAGACGCAAAGAUGGCUGUAGAGAUAAUGUGUCCUCCUUAAGCGGAGAACCGGAAGACGACGAACCUGGGCUAUCACGAUGCUGUUUCACUCACGUGUUGGAAGCAAUGGUUCCAAGACCCCCAUUCGGGACCCCCAAAAAAUUCAGAAUCUCUAGGAAGAGUCUAGGCACUCAAUUUCGGCUGGGCCACCCGCCAAGCAGAGACUCAGUGCCAAGGCCAGACUGUUUUUAA